AUGGAAAAGUUCACGAAUUGGAGAGAUAAAGGUACAGGAAUCGCACCAUUCUUUCCGGUAACCCCACCGUUAUCCCAAGAGAAAGGAUUUCGAAGCUUUUUAAGCAAUGUGAUUACAACGCUAAAGUUGAUCGUGGCUUUACCCUUCUUACCAUUUGUAUAUUUGCUUCAAUUUCUAAACCUCUCAAAGCCCAUCUGCACUUUAGUGCUAAAAAUUAUAUGUGGUUGGAACAUUCAGACAAAUGUUCAGGGAGUGAAAAGGAGGGAUCAGGGUCCAGAGCAUAUGCCUGGUGUGGGACGUUAUUUUUUUGUUAACUAUUCAUCUCCGUUAGAUUGCAUUGCCCUAUGGCUCAUAGCGAAAGGUCCGGUGACAUUUUGCAUACCUAGAAUGAAAGGUAAAAAGGUGACAAUGUACAGACUUUCGUUGAUCGAGGCAUUGAAAUUUGCGCUGAAAGGUUCGAUAUUUGAAAAUGAAACAUCAUUUCAAAUCAUAGAUAAAGUCGACGAGGCAAAGGACUACGUCACAUACAUUUUCCCAGAGGGGACUACAUCCAAUGGGAAGAGUGUGCUUCCUUUUGCUCUAACUCAGGAAUUUAUGGAUGAAUUCUUAGGCAUUGAAGAAGGUUUCUCGUCAUCUGCCCAGAAGCCAAUAAAUUUGAAUCUACACAAGAGAAAAGUGGUACAAACUAUUCAACUUAAAAUAAAUGCGACUUUAACCACUCCUUUACCAAUAAGUGCCUGGAACUAUCUCAACAGAAUGUCUUCACAAGGUGUUACUUUUAAGUGUAAAAUAAACGAACCUUGCACGACUAAAGUUGAUGAAGUUCGCACGGCGUUGUGCGGUGGUGACAAAUACAGUUUGGUUGGAAAGGACUUGAAUGUAGACUCUAAGACCAAGUUUAUCAAAGAGUUCGGAAACCGCAGACGAUAA